AUGUUUGAUAAAUUAUUUGAAAAACUAGAACCUGGAUAUAGAGCUCCAGAUCGUCGAACUAUUCGCAAACGAAUUCACAAUCAUGAUCAUGAAUAUAUAAAUGAAUUGAAACAACUUCUAUCUAAAGAUCGACGAAUAGCAUUUACCACAGAUAUCUGGAAAAGUCCAAAACGAGAUCAUUUCAUAUGUCUUACUGCUCAUGUAUUCAAUGAUGAAUUAAAACCAGUAUCUUUGCUUUUAUCAUUUCGACGUUUGACUAACAGGAAGCUUGGUGAAAACUUACAUGAAUUCAUCACCUAUGAAUUAAAUCGAUUUGGCUUGCUCAAUUGUUCACAUGCUGGUAUUACAACAGACAAUGCCAGUGAUAUUAGAGCAGCUACAGAAUUUGGGGAUUUCAGUCCUCGAUUUCCGUGCAUCGCUUACAUAUUAAAUCUCGUUAUCAAUCAUGGUCUUUGUAUUUGGGAAAGUCCUAACGAGAAUCGAAACAAAAAACAAAAUAAUAACAACAAGGAUAUCAUUGUUUUACAUGAUGCUGAUGCAUCAUCACUUUUACCAACAGCUGUUCCUGCUGAUGAAGAAUAUGACGAUUCUUUACCUAAUUUUUCUUCAUCAACCAAUGAUGAAAAUAAUCAGAUUCUCAAAGCAUUACACAAAACACAUGCUUUAGUUGUUCGAACACGAAAGUUGGUGAAACUUAUGCGAAAUGUUAGUGCUAUUGAUCAAUAUGUUCGUAAUCAUCAAGAUGGUCCAAAAAAUGGCUUUGUUAUUGAUAUUCGUGUAAGUUUUAAGAAUUUUUUUAAUCUAUAUACAACUCAUAUAAGCACAUUCUCAAAAUUUGAAAUCAACUGAUUAAAAUUCACGAAAUUCUCACAAAUUCUUUCGUUGUUUAGACAAGAUGGAAUAGUAGUUUUUAUAUUCCCUAGACUGAAAGGCUAGGGUCUAGAAACCUAAAUUUUCUGUGUUUGGAUCGGUGACGUCUGUGUUUGCAUCGGUGACGUCUGUGUUUGCAUCGGUGACGUCUGUGUUUGGAUCGGUGACGCCUGUGUUUGGAUCGGUGACAUCUGUGUUUGGAUCGGUGACGUCUGUGUUUGGAUCGGUGACGUCUGUGUUUGGAUCGGUGACGUCUAUGUUUGCAUCGGUGACAUCUGUGUUUGUAUCGGUGACGUCUGUGUUUGGAUCGGUGACAUCUGUGUUUGCAUCGGUGAUGUCUGUGUUUGGAUCCGUGACAUCCUUGUUUGAAUCGGUCGCAGAGGUUGUUUGUGCAUUUUGAUCUGGUCUUCGAGGUAAAUUUGGCCUUUUCGUGGAUUUUCUAGCUACAUGCUCUAUUCUAUUGUUUGCCAUUUUUUUCUAGCUAAUUUUCAAAAUAUCGUAAGCUUUAUCUGUCUUUUAAAUAUCAGUCUUCCCUGAUCUGAUUUCAGUUUUCGUGUUUUAUCGCGCUUUUUUUCUUAAUUUCACUUUCGAGUAUCUCAUCAUAAAUAGUUUAGU